AUGGAAUAUCUAUCUCAGAAAGUACAACACCUAUCUGUUGCUGAUACUGUUCAUGAAAUCUCUGUACCAUUUACUCCUAUAACUUGCUAUGGAAAAAAAAUGCCUUAUUCAGCAGAUAAUAACAAUUCCAUACAGUCUAGAAGUUGUUCGCUAAAUUUUACAACUAAUAGUAAGAUGGGCUUUGACGAACCCAGCAAAACAGUAAAUGGAAACAAGCAUUCAACCAUUUGGAAGCUCUCUGAAGUGACCUCUCUAAGAAAUGAAGAAACAGCAAGAGCUACAGCUGGACUUUUAGAAAGAAAAUGCUUAAGGAAUAAAUGUAUUUCAAAAUUAGAUAAUGAACUACAUAGGGAACGUAGCAUCCCCGAGAUUCAAAAACUCAAAGAUGUAAAUUGGACAGAAUUGUUUCUUGAUCAGUCUUCCAUUGGGGAUAGUCAUCAAUCUGUCUUAGAUCACUGCAUAUUUAAAAAGAUGGUUCAAAAUAACAGGGGCAAAGAUAAAAAGCCUGACACUUUUGAUCCAAAGCUAUUACAUGCAAAUAUUUUUAACAGUUCUGUAGCCUUUGUAAAUAAUUCAGAGAAUUUUGAACAAGAAACUCCUGGGACAUUGGUAAAUAAUAAUACAUCACGUCCUGCAAACAUAAUUUCAGAUUCUAUCCAGGCAGCCAAGUAUAACAAUGAAAACUAUUUUUGGGCUCCACUCAGUGACAGUUCAGAUGAAGAAUGGACAAAUAGGACAAAAAAUAAUUUAAAGUGGCCAACUAUGGACAGCAAAAAUUAUAAAAACCUUGGUGAUAGUGCUAACUUUGACAAUCCAACCAUUAUGAAAUAUUUCAGUUCGCCAAUGCUGGAAGAGGAAUUUGUCUUCAAAAUAAUGCCUGGCAGUUGUGAAAAAUGGAAUCCAGGAAUAGAAACCUUGCAAAUUCAAGAAUAUAAAUGCAAGAAUUUUACACAGACCCCAAAAUAUGAAGAUUUUAGUGGAACACAAAAUUCCAUAAAAAGCAACCAUGAAGAGUCUAAAAAUGGAAAUAUCAAUUUUCUUUCUAAAUUUACAGUACAAGAAGAUAUGUUGAGGGAUCAGAUGUCAGAUAUUCAACCACUAGAGAGAGCCUCAGACCAGAGAAAUGAAUCUAAAUUACAGCAAAUGCUGGAAAUGGACAAGAUUUUUAAAGGGAGGAAAUAUAUCGGAGAACAGGAUGUCAAUUUUAAGAAAGCUACAUAUCAAAAAGAUACAGAAUUAACAUCUCCGUUGGACUAUCCAUUGGAAAUUAAGAGCAGUUCCGUGAGUUCAUUACUGAAGCCUUCAGAAAAUAAUACUUACAAAGAGGGCUCGGACUCUUUGAAUCCCAGUCCUAAAGGCACGAAUAAGAGCAAUGGUGACUGUGUUUUGCUAGUUGGGCCAUCCCAGAUCAGUGAUGAUCAGGUAAUACAUAAGCCUUGUAUCAUCUCCAAAAAUGAGCAAGGUGCUAUCAAUGAUAAUAUUUCUGCAACUGGUCUCAAACCAGCAGAUGGUGCUAAAGAGUUCCCCACUGCAACUAUUAAAUGGGAUGGUCAUGAGAAAUCAUUUUGCAGCAAAGAUUUCAGCCAUAGUGAUGGCGUUUUGGCUAAAUAUUAUUUUUAUUUGAACUAUCUCAAUGAGUCCAAAAGAUUUCGGUGUGAAAAUGCCCAUCAGUUCUUUUUUUGUCAAGAACAUGAUUUUUUCAAAGAAGCCUAUUAUGAUACUGGACCCUGCUACUGUAAGAAUGGUAGCAUGUAUGAGGAGCAGACAGAUGAAAAUAUGAACCAUGAUCUGGGAACUUCUGAAGGCAAGGAAAGGACUGAGAUCAUCAAACAGCAAAAUCAUUUCAAAGAUCAGAUGUUGAAGCCUCAGUUUGCAAAUAGCACCCCCAAACAAAUGGAGAGAACAGGCAGUUUUAAAGACCAGGAAGUUUUUGAAAGCAGGAAAUCAAGCCCAAAACAGGCUAGUCCUAAGAAACAUUGGGAAAGAGCCAACAUUUCAUGCUCAUCUUACACACAGAGAGAACUGAAGCCAAGAUCACAAUGUGUCCGAAGGCCUGCAACAGGCAAGAAGUUAAUGAGGAAGAACAAUUAUAACUCUCAGAACCAAACGUCUUCAGGGACACAAUGUAGGCUGCAGUAUGAAAACGCUUCUCAGGAUUAUAACAAAUUAAACAUGAAAAGUGACUGCAGUCUCACACCGUGGCUGCUGCUUCCUGAUGAAUUGUGGCUUUGUAUCUUUUCCCUGCUGACUCAUAAAGAUAUUUCUCGGAUUUCCCAGGUGUGUCGUCACUUUUAUCAACUAGCUGGAGAUAAAUUCCUUUGGAAGAAGAUUCAGCUUAAAGAUUGCCACUGCUUGAACAAUGACUGGUUGAUUAGUUUAGGAAAACACCACCCUGAGUGUUUCACUCUUGAUCAUUGCCAUGAUAAAGAUCACAGAAUUUCUGAGGUUGGACUAAAACAAUUCUUCCAAUACUGUGAAGGAUAUCUCAAGGAACUGAGUAUAAAAAACUGCAGUGGUUCUGGAUAUAAGGGGGACAGAAUUCUCCUUCAUGCAAGCACCUUUUGCUAUAAUUUGGCGGUUGUAGAUAUAAGUUGGACAGGAACUACUGAUUUUGGACUCGAUGCUCUAGUCAAAGGUUCUAGAAGUUUACAGAGUUUUUCUGCUAAUGGAUGCCAGAUAACCAAUGAAUCAGUAAUGGCCUUGAUUGGAAAGCAUGGAAAAAGCCUUAAGAAAUUGGAAAUGUUUGGCUGUCAAGCCAUUACGGACAAAUGCUUGAAAUCGAUUUCUACUAAAUGUUUAGGUCUAGAGGUUCUGAAUAUUGGCAGAGUUCAUAGAAUCUCGCAGGACUGUUUAGUGCAAACGGUAAAUUCAUUGCAAAAGCUUACAAGCCUCAAUGUCACAGGCCUUGAAAUGAUGAGGGAUUCUCUAGUACAUUAUAUUGUGAAGUGUCCUAAAUUGGAUUGUUUGGUUCUUAAUUCGUGUGCUCACAUAACUGACAUCAGUCUAAUUGAAAUUAGCAGGGAUUUGCCAGGGAUCAGGUACCUUGAUGUUAAUGGAUGUAAAGACGUGAGUGAUAUUGGAGUUCAAGCUUUGGCAAGGAAUUGCCAUAAACUUUCUUAUCUUGAUUUGAGCUCCACAGCAACAAGCAAAAGAGGGGUUUGCUUGCUGGCUAAUUUCUGCUUUAAUACCUUAAAGUGUCUGAAGCUUAGUUUCUGCAGAAAUAUAUCUCUAGACGCAGUUGUAAAACUAUGUAAAAACUGCAAAAGACUGCAAAUACUUCACUUAUACGGUUGCCGCUUUAUACCUGAUUUGGAAUCCAUUACGAAAGUUAAUAAAACUGUUAAAAUAUUUCAUGACCUGACAUGCAACUGUGAAGUUGUUACCUGAGUGAGAACUUUGCCAAAUUUUUCAGUAAUUGUCUAAUGAAUAGUUUAGUUUGACUGUGAUUUUUUUAAUGUGGUCAAAAUGUAGAAACUUACCUUUAUCCAAUACUUCCUAUUUGUGUUAUUUUGUCAUCUGUGGAAUAGUUAAAAUGAAGAAAAUCCUGUUAGAGCUGUUUUCAAGAUACAUUUCCAGUUUCUUUGAUGAUAUAACUACCAUCACCAAAUUUAAAUGACGUGAUGUUCUCAGAAGAUCUAACCUCUCCAGAUAUUAGAAAUUUAAAUUAGAGCUGCAUUCUGACUGAUAUCUCUUUUAAAACCAAUACCUACGUAAUAUAUUUUGGAACAAAACCUUCCUUUGCUUUUUUAUGUGGAGAUCUCUGCCUUCAUUGCUUACACUAUGGCUCAUAAAAAUAAAUCGUCUUUUGUUGAAUGUUUUUUUCUUCCAGUUGCUUGAAUAACAUGGGUUGUCCCUCUGGCUGCUACACUGAUGCCAAUCCGACAUAGGCGGGAACUGGCUGCCUGAAUAAUACAUAAAAAACCAUCUGUUUUGUAAGCUGCAUUUUCUAUGACACCACUAAAUGACACCAUAUUUGAUCUUAAGAAGAGAGUCAAAGCAAAGGUUUUGAACAUUAUGGCAAGAUAAAUAUCAGCCUUCCCACAAUGUUGCAUUUCACUUGGGAGUCAAAUGCAAAUUUUUGAUAGGAGUGUACCAAUAACCUUUGGUCACAGCAUUUUCAGAUAACAUCGGCACACUGUGUGUCACCAGUGGAUGCAAAAUUUUGCUGUUAGAUAUUUUUCCGUUUCCUUGGUUAUACUAAGAAGACCAGCCCAGCUACCUCAAAUAUCUCAGAAACCAUCUCUGCUCUGGAUGUAACUUACCUCAGAAGAAAAUCAUCUAAGUCCUUUCAUCUCAUAAAGCUAAAUUCGUCUCCACAAAAUGUUUCUUAAACCUAAAGCUUUUCCAAAACAUUCUGUAAUAAUCACAUUUACCUUAUCAUCAGACCAUAAUCAUGA